CCCGAACCUGAACCUGAACUGCUCACCACCUCAACCUCUUACCACACUUGAUGCCACUCCACGUUGCGCCCCUGCAAAAAUGCUCGGACCAAAUUGUUUGAAGAUGGUGUGCCAGCCGUGGCGGUUCCACUUCUUUCCCUCAAGACUAUAAACACCUCCGUCAUGCCCUGUGGAAAUCCAGGCUCCACUUCGACCUCCAAUGCUGACUGUUGACUGUUGACUGUUGACUACUGACUGCUGGACACCAUGGGCGAAAGCAAGAUUCCUAAGAACAACCUCGCACGCAUCCGCGACAACCAGCGCCGAUCGCGUGCUCGCCGGAAGGAGUACCUCCAGGAGCUUGAGCAGAAGUACAGAGCAUGUCAACAGCUUGGCAUUGAGGCUUCUGCUGAAGUCCAAGCUGCUGCUCGCAAGGUGCUAGACGAGAACAAGAGACUGAGAGCACUACUGCGAGAAAAGGGCGUCUCCGAAGCAGAAGUCAAUUCCUGUCUAAACGCCUCAUCAGAAGACUCCCAGACGCUGACCUCGUCGACUUCGUUGAACAACCUGCUUGGUCGACGGGUGCACUACACCGAAGAAAGCUCAAGUGCAACCCAGGACUGGGUAGCUCGCGACUCUCCUCACCCGAUCAGCUCUACCAGUGUGCCUGUUGCUGUACGUCGCUAUCACACACCCAGCCUCCAGCAUGACACCACGCGCUCCGGAAGUCCGCACUCCAAUCCCUCACCCAUCUCAGUCAGCGAUGCACACUCUUCGUACUCUCACUUCUCCGCUCCACCCUCUGAGGAAUACACCUCAGAGCCCGGCACCUUCCCACAUCUCAGCUACCAGUACGAUCUGGGCCCAAAUUGCCAGUGGCCUCUUCCAAUCAACUCCUACACACCACAUUCAGAUAUCGGGGGUUGGAGUGACGUUGGACACGACGUUGGCAUGCACGCAGCCUGGUUUGACGAGCAAUCCGCAUACGUUCGACCUUGUGGACAGGUAUAACAGUCCCUAUGGAGGCUGAACGAUUGUUGCAUCGCUAUCUUCGGCGGACUGCUUUGGUAGCGCACCGUGCUUCUUCAUCGAGGAUAUGCCUUGUCAACGCUCGUCGAAUUUCAAUUGUGUGAAGCCCCAUCGCAUGCAUUGUAGCGCCUAAGGCGCGAUGGGCCGGAGUUAAGGGGGGCGACGCAGCUCACGUGAUCACGAGCCUGGGUUAACGAUAUAUGUCUUUUUUCCUCUGGACGUUCUGACGUCCAAUCGUAUGUUUCACUUAUCCCUGUAUCCUGUUUUCAAUACACUCGAGUCUUUUUUAGCGUUGCAUCUGGUCUCGGGGUCUUUUCCAUGGUGCGGCUUUUUCAAAUUUUUUUUCACUCGCUGUUCAUCAGCAUAUGUGUACAAUACCUCAUUGAACUUCCGUCGUGUACGCGUACAAUCAUUCCACCUUU